AUGGAGUUCGGUAAUCUUCAGAAACUUCACGAGUUGGAUUUAGCACAGAAUGAGCUAACUGGAUCUGUUCCUCACAACAUUUUAAACAUGUCAGCACUGCAGAAUAUAGAUUUUGGAGAAAAUAAGCUUUCAGGUACUCUACCUUCAGAUUUAGGUCGUGGAAUGCCCAAUCUAGAAAUAUUUUAUUGUGGAGGAAAUAAUCUGAGUGGUUUUAUCUCUACUUCAAUCUCAAAUUCAUCAAAACUCAGACAACUUGACCUCUCACGAAACAGUUUAACAGGUACAAUUCCUAAAUCACUUGGUAACUUAGAAUACCUUGAGUUACUUCACUUGCUGUCGAAUAAUUUUGUCAGCGAUUCAACAUUGAGCUUCCUUGCAUCAUUGACAAACUGUAGGUAUCUAAGAGCACUCACGUUAGCAGGUAAUUUGUUGGAUGUUGUAUUUCCUGCAUCUGUUGGUAAUUUCUCAAACUCCUUGCAAAUUUUUGAAGCAUCUAAAUGUAAACUGAAGGUUGUCAUUCCUCGAGAAAUGGGUAAUCUUACUGGACUGAGAAGGAUUGGGAAGCAAGCUGCUCAGCCCACUCCUCAUAAGUGUACCCUCUUAGCUAAACUUCGUUAUCUAUCUCACUUGAAUUUAUCUUAG